UGACGUCACACACCCGGCUGCUGUGAAGAAAGACAUUGUGUUGGACAGAUGUUUGAGAAUCUCUCGCCGAAAAACGUAAAAUUUUAACCGUUUUUGGCAGUUGGGAAGUCCAUAACGUCCAAGACGGUGGGAAGCUCAACGCCCGGAUCAGUUUGGUGGCGAUUAAUAGUAUUGUGAAGGCUGGGCGUUAGAAUGAACGGCUUAACUGUUGGUGAACUGUGCUGCUUAUUUUGCUGUCCGCCAUGUCCGUCUCGGAUUGCGGCCAAGCUGGCGUUUCUUCCACCGGAACCGACCUACACCAUCGUCACGGACGAAACGGGUACUAAAGGCACGCUUAAUCUUACCGAGAGGGCAGAAUGGCAGUAUUCCGACCGCGAACUUGAAUCCAUUGAGGUGUUUUAUACCCGCAACAAGCGGGGAAACAGAACAGCAUGCAUGUUUGUACGCUGUGCCCCCAACCCAAAGUACACUCUUCUUUUUAGUCAUGGAAAUGCUGUAGAUAUCGGUCAGAUGAGUAGCUUUUACAUUGGACUUGGUUCUAGAAUCAACUGCAAUAUUUUUAGCUAUGAUUACUCCGGCUAUGGUGCCAGUGGCGGCAAACCACUAGAGAGGAACCUGUAUUCUGACAUUGAUGCUGCCUGGCAGGCCUUGCGCUCCCGCUAUGGAAUCAGCCCAGAGAGUAUCAUCCUGUAUGGACAGAGUAUCGGUACAGUGCCUACGAUAGACCUAGCUGCGCGGUAUGAGUGUGCUGCUGUCAUUCUGCAUUCCCCUCUUAUGUCAGGGAUGCGUGUAGCAUUACCCGAGACCAAGAAGACGUGGUGGUUUGAUGCAUUUCCAAGUAUUGACAAGGUAUCCAAGGUAUCAUCUCCUGUCCUCGUCAUUCAUGGCACUGAGGAUGAGGUCAUUGACUUCUCCCAUGGCUUGGCCAUCUACGAGCGCUGCCCCCGCACUGUGGAACCGCUGUGGGUAGAGGGCGCCGGCCACAACGAUGUGGAGCUCUAUGGGCAGUACUUGGAACGCCUGAAGCAGUUCAUCACUCAGGAACUACCAAACAUGAGCGUCAGUUAAAGACGCCGCCAACCAGUUCAGUCACGUUUACAAGUGGGAAUCCAGUUUUGUGCUUUUGUUGAUUGUGAUCCUUGCUCAAGAUGUUGUGUCAGUCUUUGGCCACUGGUGGAGACACUGUGGAAAUUGACUGUAAUGUGUUGCAAUUUGUACAAGGUACAUGUCUACGCACAUUUGUGUUCCUGUUUUUUUUUUUCCAAGUUGGUGUGGCCACCCCCCCUCCCCCGACAAGCAUUUCGUGAAAGGUAAUCCGCUCCGAACGGAACAAAAGAGGGCGUGUGUUUUUUGGUACGCUCCGCAUAGGUGCGCCAUGAGGCGUGCAAGUAUAGGCACAUUUGAUGCGGAGCACGCUGAGUACGCGUAACUAAUUUAUUCCGGCUUGAA